AUGGCGGACCAAAUCUCCAGGGCCGUCUCCAACGGCUCCGUGUCGUCCAACAAGCAGACCGAACAGAAACUCGAGAAUGUCGCCGGCUCGGCACCCAGCGACGCAAACCACCUGAACGUCGCCCACAUGACUCCGGAACACAGGGUCCGGGUCGAGAAGAGCCUCAAGCGCAAGCUCGACCUCCGCUGCUCGCUCUUCGUCGCCAUUUACAUCAUGAACUACCUGGACCGCAACAACAUCGCCGCAGCGCGUCUCAAGGGCCUGCAGGACGACCUCAACCUCGACAACACCGAGUACUCGACCUGCCUGAGCAUCCUAUACGUUGGAUAUAUUCUCAUGCAGGUCCCCUCCAACAUGCUCAUCAACGGCCUCGAGAGACCAUCCCUGUACCUCAGCAUCGUGAUGCUGAUCUGGGGUCUCAUCUCCACCCUGAGCGGAGUCGUCCAUGACUUCAAGGGCAUGGUGGUGACCCGUUUCUUCCUCGGUUUCGUCGAGGCGGCUUUCCUGCCCGGUGUGCUGCUCAUCCUGUCCAAGUGGUACACCAGGAGGGAGCUGACCCUGAGGAACGCCAUCCUCUUCUGUGGAAACCUCAUCUCGAACGCCUUCUCUGCCCUCGUCGGGGCAGGAGUGCUCUCAAACAUGCAGGGAACUCUGGGCCACGCCGCCUGGAGGUGGCUCUUCUGGAUCGAGGGUGCAGUCACCAUGGCUAUCGCCAUUGCCGCAAUCUUCGUCCUGCCCGACCUGCCCCACAACACGCGCGGAUUCACCGAGGAGGAGCGCCAGAUUGCGCAGCUGCGGAUGAUUGAGGACGUUGGCGAGGCCGAUACCGACUCAAAGGACCAGGGUGUGACUGGUGGUCUGGUCAUGGCCAUGAAGGAUACGAAGGUGUGGCUGAUGAUGCUUGUCCUGUGUGCUUACGUCGUCGGUCUGUCAUUCAACGCUUUCUUCCCAACACUCACUGGCACUCUUGGAUUCGACUACGUUCCAACACUCCUGAUGAGCAGCCCUCCGUGGUUGUUCUCCUGCAUUGUCUCUCUGAUCAAUGCUCUCCACUCGGAUCGUACCGGAGAGAAGUUCUGGCACAUUGUGGGCCCGAUCGUUGGAGGUCUGAUUGGCUUCAUCAUCUCCAUGUCCACUCUGAACGUCGCCGCCCGCUACGUUGCCCUCUUCCUCCAGGCAAGCUCAUACGCAGGAUUCAUCGUCUUCUACUCAUGGAUCUCCUCAUCCUUCCCUCGACCUCCGGCCAAGCGUGCGGUCGCGCUGGCUGCCAUCAACGCGUUCUCCCAGCUGGGCAACAUCGCGGGUUCCUACGUCUGGGACCUGUCCGAGAACGGGUUCCGCAAGUCCUACGGCAUCGUCACCGCCAUGUUUGGCGUCACGAUUGCCGGGUGCUGGGUCUUCAGGCUCACGCUCACCCGGCUCAACAAGAAGCUCGAGCAGGGCGAGCUUGUCGACUGGGAGGCGAGGGAGGACGUUGCCCAGCAGACGGCCCAGAUGGAGGGCACCACUGCUGAUGAGGCGCUCAACAUGAGGAAGGGCUUCAGGUACCUCGUGUAA